AUGCUUUCUGAGGAUGAUGGAUUUAAAAAAACUGAGUUGGAUGAUUAUUUAGCUGAGAAGUUGUUACCAAAUGAGGAGGGUUUUGACAUAUUGAUGUGGUGGAAGUGUAAUGGCUCCAAGUUUCCUAUAUUACAGAAGAUUGCUAGAGAUGUGUUAGCCAUUCCAAUUUCUACCGUUGCUUCAAAAUCAACAUUUAGCAUGAGCGGGAAUAAGAAGGAAAUUCAAGGUAAAAAUCAAGACGAAUCAAAGACGGUUGCAUAUGAUGAUGAUGUUGAGUAAUUUUUCAAAUUAAACACAAGAAACAAAGAGAACCAAAGACUUGAAGUUUCUUUUGUAUAA